AUGGUGCCCAUUGGGGUGGUGAUGAGGGUUUUCUCACUGGACACGGGGGUUGAAUCUCUGGUCAGUGAAAGCACUACACCAGCAUUCCCUACGCGGGUGAAGGCUUUCACCACUGAGAAUUAUUUAAAAGGUGACCACUACUGCUCCUGGAAAACGCCAAACCCAGCCCAGUUCUUUCCAAGAAUACUCUUGUGCACGUGCGAGGAUGCUGGGUCCCCCCAGCUUUACAACAUGACGGGGUCUUCCUUGCAAAUGGAAUCACUCCAAAUUUGGCAACCUAGUAAUCACAGUGACUCCAGCUGCCCCAUCUGUCUCCAGACAGCGACUCUACCAGUAGAAACCAACUGUGGACAUUUAUUCUGUGGUUCCUGUCUGAUUACAUACUGGAAACAUAGUCCCUGGUUAGCAGCAAUAACCUGCCCUCUCUGCAGACAAAAAGUGGUUCUUCUGGAUAACAUUUCUUGUGAAAAGCAACAAGAUAAGCCAAGUAAACAAACUGCACAUGACAUUAGAGAUUACAACAAGCGUUUCUCAGGGCAGCCUCGACCCUUUGCAGAUUACCUUUACGACAUGCCGUUAUUCCUGACUCUUGCCUUGCGAGGAAUCUUCACCUGGGAUGGUCUUGUAUGGAUUUUUUUCCUAAGAGUUGCUGUUUGCUCCUUUGGAACUAUCAUAUGCUUGUCUUCUCCAUUUGACAUGAAGCCUGGGCCUCUCUGUAGGACGCUUGGAACAGCUGAUGACAUGGUGGUUGUUUCCCUUCUUUUAAUUUGCAUGAUAAACAUUUGUCAGCAAAUUGCAUCUAAUGGGGUCAAUAUGGCAAGGUCUGCAGCUCCGAGCGUGCUGUCAGAGUCCUGA